AUUAUUUUGUGGCUUGUAGCUAACAUAAUGCUAGACAGCAGUCGGAGACAUUCAAGCCUGAUGAUUGUCUUUGCUUCAUGUUCCUAGUGAGGGCCAUGAAAGCAUAGCUGGGACGUCAGAUAACUCCAAACCUGUGAGGCAAAAAUUCCUCAAAGAGAACGGGUGGAGGAGGGGCGGAGAGCUCUCUGUUUUGAAAACAUCUCAGAAAAAUCUUGGAAGGAGAUCAUACAUCUUAUUUGUGUCUUCCUCUCCAAAAAGGAAGACUUUAAUCUGCAUAAAUUAAAACAUAAAUUGGAUAAAAAGGUUCCUUAUUUGUAUUACUCCCUUUCCUGACUGUUUCUUAUUUGCAGGCCUCAUGAUGCCCAUUGAAAGACUGAGCAGAUGGGUAUUCUUGUCUCAAGGUUCUGCUGAAGGUCAUGGCGAGCAGGAAUUAAUCUUCCUCAAUACUUAGCCAAGCUGCGUGUCACUUGCCCUUCUUUGGCUCAGGUUGUGCACUGCCGGCAGCUUGGUAAAGGGUGUAGUUGGAGAGCAGGGGCAACUGAGCAGAAAGCUGAACUGUUGCGUUUCACAACAGACGAGGUCUGGUGUUUCAAGAAUGGGGGUAGGAAUUGGACGUGAGUUCAGGAAGAAUGUGACAGGAAAGAAACGAGAACAGUGAAAUCCUUUAUCCUUUCAAUGCCUUGCUCUUCCCGUGUGUAUAGUGCAUGUACAUGACUUCGACAGUAACGCCAAAUUAUCCGUAGCUUAAUUGUGCUAUAAAGUUCUUAUUUUCAUGACAUGGGUGCAGCUUUUUCUCCUGCAGUUUCAGGCAUAACUCAAGUUUCCCAGUGUAUUAUCACCAUAAAGGACAUCGAGAAUUGCUGUUGCAUCAUGCUGAGGUAAAAGUGUAUGUUGUCCAAGGGUUACGGCACGGAACUAAGACUCUCAGCUCCUGAACUUAAUUUCCUGUUUUGAAAUCAGCUGUGGCAUGCUGCAGCUGGGGCCUGUUAUUCUGAGAGCUGCUGGGCACUUGUGAUUCCUGUUGAAGUCUGAGAGCUGCAGGUUAUGAGCACUUCUGAAACUGCAAGCUCAUGCGAAGUUAGAUUUUUCCACAAUAGCCACUUGAAAUGAAUGGUCAUUAAAAACUCAGCCUGAAGCUCCUCAUGUCUCUUUCUCAGUCUCUUCCACAUGUUCCGUGAUUAUUGUCUUCUCCACAGGCAUAAUCAUCAGAUAAUUUUUAUUGCACUUUGAGAUUCUACACAAAAUAAUGUCAGUUCUUACACAUGAAAAAUAUAAAAACAAUAGCAAUUUGGACAUUCACAUAAAGAAAUAUAAAAAUAACUAUAGGACUAAAAAGUGUUGUAGAAGGUGAAAUCUAGACAAAUAUCAGUCAAACUCUUGCCAACAGCAAGGUACAGCUAGUGUUUAAAGUGUUAGCCUGAGAUAUAGGGGAUUAGAUUCGGUUUCCUCUGUACUGGACUUCGGCAAAUCUUAAGCAAAUAAUGCGAUUGUUCUUUUCCCACGUCUAAAAUGUAGGUAACACUCUUUCCUCACAGAUCUGUUCUGAGAAUAAGUACAAGACAGACUGCAAAAUUCCCAGAUCAUGGGACUGUGAGAAUACCCUUAAAUUGAGAUUGUUAUACGUAGAGAUUUAGCUAUGUAGUCUCACACAGUGUCUUCCAUUCAAACUACUCUUCAUCCGUGUUUGAGAGCUCAAACUUUAUUACAGAGGGUUGGAAUAUACAAAUCUGGGGUUUUCUGUAUAUUGAAGCCCAAUAAAAAAGCGUUUUCCACAAUAAUAUUGUCUCCUCUGAUUAGAGGAGCAACAUUAUUAGCAACAUUAUGCUAAUUUUUAUGCAAUUAUAUUAGGUAAAUAAGAUUACAAAGCUUUUGUGAAGAACUAUUUAUACUACUUGGUAUUAUUUUUAAUUACAUUCUGAUCUCACGUUGUUCAAUGUCUCAUGCUUGACCACCAAAUUUUGGAAUUAGAGAAAUUUCAAGUAGCAUUUUCAGGAAUAUCUAGGGCACUUCGGAGUCCAAGUUCACGGAUAUACUCUCCUUAGUAACUAGGAUAUUUUUAAAGAUGUUCUACUUUGUGGAUAGCCUGCUGUUCGUCGCAGCCCUCAGCCCCUCCCUCAGUUCACAGAGCCAUGGAAAACACUGUCAGAAAAGACCAGGAGUGCAUGCGGCUUGGUCUGGUGUCCCCUGCCACUCCUGACCGACGUUCACCUGCGCUGUGCGCUACCUGCUUGCUGGUGUGCAGGUAACGUACGAGCUAGGCUGGUAUGCUUGCCAGGCACAGCUGCUGUGGCUAAAAGGAUUUGAUGACUUGUGGUGCUGGCACUGACAAGGUGACAGAAAGAGUAGAGCCCUUGUUCAGUAGCAACCUCACACCAAACGUGUGGUCGACACGUCUAAAUGAGGUGGAUGAGGGUGUGCAAAGAAUGGUUUAGCUGUGACACUUUGAGAAGAAUAUUUUAUAGGGUAUUAAUACACCAGCAGACUUGUUUAAUCAAGUCUCAGCCCUUAUUUCUAUAUAAUCAUUAUUUGCACCUCCUUGUGACCAUCUGAAAUACCUAUUAUUUAUUUGCAAAACAUAUUUCUAGUAUAUAAUAAUUGUGUACUACUAAUUGCACGCUAACCUGUGUAUACUUUCAUGCAAUCCAAUUUAAUAGAAAAAAGAAGCUACAGGAUUUUCCUUUUUAAGCUCAACAUUUUAGCAUGAAUUUCUUAUGUUGUAAAUUCUGGCAGUGCUAUCAUAUCGUUCACAGAUUUACAGUUCUAGAGCUGGAAUUGCUGCUAUAACGAUCAGAUGUCAGCACUGAAUGUGGAAAGCCCAUUAACUUAGCUGAGCUGCUUUGCAAUAUCAUGGUAAAAAAAUGUUACUAAUACAAAUUAAACCUUUGUUAGGGUAACAGUAAAAAAUAAAUUAAAUCAGAAUAGCUUUGUAAGUAACGUGGCUUUACCUGUAUAAUUUUGCUAAAGGAAAGCUGCUCAGCUGCAGACAGACGCCAGGCAGCAGCCAGAGCACGUUGGAGAUUUCUUCUUGUGAGGGGCAUUUUGAACAAAACGUGGGGUGACACAGAGGCGACCCACACUCAGCGUCAGCAAACUAAAGCAGCCGCUUCUGCGUAGAAAACAUAUCCAUGGUGCUGUUCUUAUUGAUAUACUGAUGUACUGCUCGCUGUUUAAAAUCCCCAUAUUGCCCACUACAUACUGUAUUGUUUGCUCCAGCAGUGCCCUCUGCUGUCUCCUAGCAUUGAAUGUAUGGCCAAAGAGCCUUUUCCCCCCAGGUCUCAAGUACCUGAAAUCUAGUUCUCAAAAAUCAUUUCCCUUUAAAAAGACAGAGAAAGAAAAGACAUAUCAUGUUGUUUUAGUAAUGUACAAGUUACACAUUAACUUUAAAUAAGCAAAAACAAAAUGUCCCCUAACCAAGGUAUGAGUACAGAUGACUUUCAUUUUCUAGCUAUAUUCUCAUCCAAGAAUGAAGGUGGGAAAAAAAAAGGCAUUUUCAGAACUGCUUAGGCACCUUAAGUCCCCAAUACAAUUAAUCUGCUAAAAGGUUAAGCCAUUCUCCUGUGUGUCCUUGUUUGAAAAUUAAGUUAAUUCAACAGCUCAUUAAAUGCAUCUCUCUUUUUUUUAGCAGUACCCCUGAUUUACACAGGAGUAAAAAAGGCCAUACAAUUUCAGGUUUAUUCUGACAACUUCUGGCUACUCCAGUACUCCAUACGGAGAUAUUUCUGUGGGCCCAAGCCCAAGAGCAUCUGUGGAGACAGGGACUCUGGCCUUUUUGGAUCCCCUUUGACGUGCUGCUGUUCAUCGUAUGGUUUUGCUUACAAGUCUGGGGGUUGUUCUGUAGAUAAGAUCUAACUGUGCUUAGAAAAACAACCACUGUUGGCUGCAUCAGUUAGUAACUGUAAGCAAGAGACAGUGAAUGACUAGUUUCUGUUGCCUCUUGCUCAGUCUUGAGCACUUUAGAAGCUUUGUGAUGCCACUAGAGUUGAUCUGGAAUUAGGACUUACAUCCCCACUUAACUGGGGUCCAGGUUAGUGACACAAGAGUGAUGAUGUUCUCUGAGUUUCAUCUAUCACAUACUCCAAAACAAAAAAAUACCUGCUCUUCAUUUUCUGGCUCUCUAACCCUUUAUCCAUUUAAUUUAUUUGUGAAUUAAAGCUGAAUUCACAUUCAGUCCAUUUUAGAAUCUCCUUAAAGACUUUUAAACUACUGAUGCAAUCAUUCGCCUUCACAAGAACCAGCCAGAUUUUGCUCUUGAUGAAGAUUGCUUUAAGCAGAUCAUCUGUAUAGUAGUAAAUACAUUUUCCACUUUUGGCUACCCUAGCAACCUAAAGGUAAUUGGCUGAGCCCUGAGUUGGUAACCCAAAUAUUUAAAAACACGAGUGGUUAAAGUUUAACCCACUGUCAGGAUGAAGAUCUGGCAAUAGAAGCUGUGUGUCAGGAUUCAUUCUUCGCCUGGAGAACAAGGCGGCAGUAACACUCAUGUAGUAUUGUCUCUUACGGAAUAUGGGAUGAGUAAAGCAGACCACGUUAACGGUUGAAAGUAGGAUUUUCCACCAUGAAUGGAUACCCAAACUGCUCUGCUAACCAUACUAAAAUUUGGAGUCAUUAUUUAGUACUUGCACUGGGCAUCCCUCAACUGACCAUUAACAUAGCAUCUGUCAUCUUCAACUGCACAGUCAUCUUCACCAGAAUGGCGACGAAGGAUCUGCACAAGCCGAUCUCUAUACUCUUCUGCAAUUUGGCUUUGUCUGAUCUCUUCACCAGCUUUUCUGGCUUUUGGAUUUCAAUGCUGUUCAUCACCAAUCCUGACAUUACAAUCUUUGGAUCCAAGGAUAUGCUCGCACCUUAUGCCCUAUAUACUAUGUCUAUUUUAUCCACCAUCUAUAACUUGGUAAGCAUUGGAAUUGAACGCUAUCUGGCUGUGGCUGAAAGCAUGAGGACAAGAUUCAGGGUUGCUAGAAACCAUUCCAUAGCUGUAGUUUUAAUUAACUGGGUCCUUGCUUUCUUUUUGGGCUGCUUGCCGUUGAUGGGGUGGAACUGCUUGCAUAUGGAAGACAAUCUCUCUGUCCUCUACAGUCCGUUUUGCGUCGACUACCUCAUCUUCAUCGCCAUUCCCAAUGUUGUGGUGGCUUUUAUUAUACCUCUGUUCACUUACCUUAGAAUCAUUAUCAUCUUGAGGAAAAGAAAGCUGAGAAUGAAAGCAUGUGGACAAGCUACGGGCACCUACAAAUCAGCUGAAAUCCAGGUUGCCAGAACGAGCAUUUUUAUUUGGCUCCUGGCGCUGAUCUCCUACGCUCCUUUUUUUGCAGGAGUCAUAUUCGACGCAACCAACCAUCAGUGCCACAUCGAUCUCUACCCAGGCGUCUACAUCUUUCGAAACUGCACGGCUAUGCUGAUAACCAUGAACUGUUUGGGAAACCCCAUAAUAUACACCCUGAAAGCCAAAACUCUGGGGGCUAAACUCAAGGCUCUGAAAUGCCUCUCCACCAACCGUGUCCGAGCCUGCACCAUUGAGAACAUCUAGCCAGGACUGCCCUUGGUCCAGGACUGCUGGCUUGCCUGAGCUAGUCAAUGUAGCUGGAGAAAGAUCUGAUCCGAGGCCAGAUUCCUGCCGGGGGGGGUUCAGCAUCCAGUGUGGGGACAGCUCUGGGGCGCAGAAACCAGCGCGGGGAGGCGCGGGGUGGGCUGGAGCUUUGUGGCUUCUCUCAGCAGCUUUCAUAGCCUUCGGUAGCCAGUGAAUCGCGCGCAGCGUUGCGGUGGUUUGCAGCUUUCCUUCGCCAAGUGGUCUGGGGUGUGUGCCUCGUUUGUCUAGCCUCUAAAUGGGAACAGGAGAGCUGUUUUGCUUGGAGAUAAAAAUAACUCCAUUAGCCAUAUUUACUUUGCAUUUGGAGAUAGGCUUCUGUUGUGCUCGCUUUGCUGCUGGGAUUCACAUCCUUUUUGUAUUGCUUUUAUGUUUUUGAAGACAGUUAAAUGGCUAGAAAAUUCUCAGUAGUGUGGGGGAAAUGUAAUUAUACUUUCUCAUUUACGGUCAGUCAAAUCAUACUUUUGAAUACUUGACGAAUCUCUUUAUUAAUGGGGGCACUCGGUGCUGGUUUACUGUUGUAAUUUUAACUGCAGUAUGUAGCUGGAUUGCGCGUUUUUGUGAGAUGUUUGUGACUAUGCUUUUCAUAUUUCUGCUUAUAAGUAGAGGUACUCUUGAGCCCAUGGCUUUUGAAAUUUGCAGCAUGCUAGGAGAAAACCUCACUUGAAUUCUUCAGUAUCAGAACUGCAGUCAAGUUGCCUGUACUAAACAAAACAAAAUAAAAAUAUUAAGACCGA